AUGCCUCUGAGAGCUCAAAAACACGACCACAGAUCCGGGCUUGACACUCAACAUAUCUUCCCGGCCAAACUUAGGUGGCGGAUGGCUGUCGCAGCCAUUAAUUUCACGAGGUUGCUUUCCUUGUCCAAGAAAGCUUCGUGCGACCAAACCGAACUCUUGCCAUCAGUUUCUCAUGUUGCUAUUCUCCUCGACCAUGAUAACAUCCGUACGGAUGACAAUGUGCCCUUGACCAUCACUGAUCAGAAUAUACUCCUUCAGAUGCUAAAAGAGAAGAACCACCAGUGCUUGAACCAAAUAGGAGGAGUUGCGCAGGUUGCCGUAAUUCUUGGGAGUGAUGUGAUGAAAGGAAUAAAAGGUAGCGAAGCUGAUGUUGCAUAUAGGAGAGAUGCUUUUGGUGCAAACAAGUUUAAGAAGCCAUCUGCAAAAAGCUUUCUCAGCUUUGUCCUUGAAGCCCUGAAAGAAACUGCCACUAUUAUUCUUUUGGCCUGUGCUAUUCUGUCUAUGGCAUUCGACAUUAAACACCAUGGCCUAAAAGAUGGCUGGUAUGAUGGAGGAAGCAAUAUUGUUGCUACCUUCCUUGUUGUAGUCAUCUCAGCUGUGAGCAACUUCAAGCAAUCCAGGCAAUUUCUUAAACUUUCUGAUGAAGGCAGUGACAUAAAAGUGCAAGUAGUUAGAGAUGGGAGAUACCAGAACAUAUCCAUUUUUGACGUUGUGGUGGGCGAUCUGGUGGCUUUGAAGAUAGGGGAUCAAAUACCAGCUGAUGGGUUGUUCUCGGAUGGUUAUUCUUUGAAGGUAGAUGAAUCUAGCAUGACCGGUGAAAGCGACCAUGUUGAGGUAAAGGACACUAGUAAUCCAUUCUUGUUCUCUGGAACAAAGGUGGCUGAUGGCUUUGGUCUCAUGAUCGUUACAUCCGUUGGAAUGAGUACAGCUUGGGGGGACAUGAUAAGUUCUAUAAGCCGUAAUUUGGAAGAGCGGACCCCACUGCAAGCACGACUCUGCAAACUGAAAUCUGAUAUUGGAAAAGUUGGAUGGGUAGCAGCCAUAUUAGUUCUUGUUGUUUUGGUAUUCCGUUACUUCACAGGAACCAUCAGAGAUGAUCAUGGACGUCGAGAAUAUAAUGGAAGUGAGACAAAGAUCAACGAUGUGCUGAAUUCAGUUGUCGAUAUUAUUGCAACGGCCCUGACUAUUGUAGAUGUGGCAAUUCCAGAAGGUCUGCCUCUUGCAGUAACCCUAACUCUCGCUUAUUCUAUGAAGCAAAUGAUGGCCGACAACACACUGUUGCGGAAACUCUCCGCUCUUGAAACAAUGGGUUCAGCCACAACAAUCUGCACUCUCACUAUGGAGCAGAUCCAAGUUUCGGAGUUUUGGCUUGGGAAAGAGCUAAGUGAGCAUCGUGUUUCAGUGGAAAUAGAACCAGAGUUCUAUUUGUUGCUAGAAGAAGGGGUUGCUUUCAAUACCACAGCGACUGUUUACAAACCACAUCCUACAUCAAUCCCUGAGAUAUCUGGUAAUCCAACUGACAAGGCAAUACUCUCUUGGGCUGUCCUAGAGUUGGGAAUGAAUAUCAAUGAAACAAAGCAAAAGUGUGAAAUAAUGUACGUAGAAGCAUUCUGUUCAGAGAAAAAGAGAAGUGGGGUAAUGAUCAGGAAAAGCAAUGAGAGAGCUAUUCACACACAUUGGAAGGGAGCUGCUGAGAAGAUAUUAGCAAUGUGUUCAACUUAUUAUGUCAAAGGUGGGGAACUUGACAUGAAUGAGGAAGAGAGAAUGCAAUUUAGGGCAAUAAUUCAUAGUAUGGCCGCCAAAAGCCUGCGAUGCAUUGCCUUUGCUCACAAAAAAAUUAUAGAAGAAAACGGGCAAGUCCCUGAGAAGCUUGAAGAAACUGGAUUCACCUUGUUGGGGCUUAUAGGAUUGAAUGACCCGUGUAGACCAGGGACUAGAACAGCCGUAGAAUCAUGUAAGCAAGCAAAAGUGAGCGUUAAAAUGAUAACGGGUGACAAUCCACAUGUAGCAAGAGCCAUAGCCAUUGAAUGUGGAAUUCUUAAUCCCGAAGAGGACAACGAAAAAGCAGUAGUAGAAGGUGUUGGGUUCAGAAAUUAUUCAGCUGAAGAGAGAAUGGCAAGGAUAGAAGAUAUCAGAGUAAUGGCAAGAUCAUCCCCAUCUGACAAGCUUCUGAUGGUCGAGUGCUUGAAAGAGAAAGGUCAUGUGGUGGCGGUCACCGGUGAUGGCAUGAAUGACGCCGCCGCUCUUAAGGUAGCAGACGUUGGGCUUUGCAUGGGAACUCAAGGAACGGAGGUGGCAAAAGAAAGCUCGGACAUUAUAAUCUUGGAUGAUAAUUUCACAUCUGUGGCGACAGUUUUGAGGUGGGGGAGGUGUAUCCACAACAACAUUAAGAGCUUCAUCCAAUUUCAGCUCACUGUUAAUGUUGUUGCCCUUGUCGUCAACUUUGUUGCAGCCAUCUCUUCUGGUAAAGUCCCCCUAACUGCAGUUCAGCUACUGUGGGUGAACCUCAUUGUGGACACUAUGGGGGCGCUAGCAUUUGCCACUGAGCAGCCCACUGAUGAGCUCAUGACAAAGUCACCCCCAGUAAGAUCUGAUCCACUUAUAACCAAAAUCAUGUGGAGGAACCUUAUUGCUCAGGCUUUGUAUCAGGUAGUCAUCUUAAUGAUUCUACAAUUUAAGGGCGCAACCAUCUUUGAUGUCGAUGAAAAGGUCAAGAGUACACUCAUUUUCAACACUUUUGUCCUCUGCCAAGUGUUUAAUGAAUUCAAUGCAAGGAAGCUGGAGAAGUGGAAUAUAAUCAAUGGCAUACAUAAGAACAAGUUGUUCCUAGCAAUCAUCGGAAUUACUGUAGUUCUUCAAGUGAUGAUGGUGGAGCUUCUGAAGACGUUUGCUAGAACUGAGAGGCUGAGUUGGGGGCAAUGGGGAUUUUGCAUUGGCAUUGCAGCUGCAUCUUGGCCAAUUAGUUGUGCUGUGAAGUGCAUUCCUGUGCUUGAAUUUGUGUUUAAUGCAGCCAAAUAA